AUGGAUGAUGCUGCGACAUCAUCUAUUCCUAGCUCUAAAAUCUACAAUAAUCUCUGGAAUACGAAGGUUCCAUCCAAGAUAAAGCUGUUUGGGUGGAGAGUUAUUCACAACAGUAUUGCUGUAAGGGGUGCCCUUGCGAAGCGUUGCAUGAAAGUUGACAGCAAUUUUUCUUGUUUUGGGGAGACGGAAGAAUCAUUGAUACACGCUUUAGCUCAAUUCCAUGAGGCUCAUAUUGUAUGGUAUGUUUCCCCUCUUAGGCUUGAUAUCCCCUGCUCCUCUUCGCUCUCUUUCUGUGAGUGGUACUAUUCUCUUGUGACUAAUUUCAAAGAGAAAACAAGGUGGGAUCUAUUUUGGUGUAUUUUGUGGGGCAAAUGGCUUAAAAGAAAUGCUUUCGUCUUUGAGAAACGCAAGAUUGAAAUUGUUGAUGUUAUGUUGAAGGCAUAUGGGUUAGUGGGUGAAUUUGCAAAGGCUAAUGAAAAGCGUGGCGUUGUGGGUAACUCUGAUCAAAUUAUCCAAACCUGGUCUCCUCCAAGACUUGGUUUCUACAAAGUUAACGCUGAUGCAACUUGCUUUAAUGCCAAUGUGGUGGGUUUAAGGGUUGUUAUGAGAGAUUCGAUACGGGAUGUGAUGGCUGCGACCUGCUGCACGAUGAAGGGUGAGUUCAAGAUUGUUGUGGCAGGAGCACUUGCAGCUAGACAUGCUCUGACUAUUGCUAUGGAAUCUGGACUACUACAAAUUUUGCUUGAAAUGGAUACCUCAAUACUCUGUCAUAAGCUGAAGAACAACAUUCGAGAGACCUCAACGUUGGGUAGUAUUGUUUCUGACAUUUUGUAUCUUGGCAGCCUUUGUUCUUCUAUUGAGUUUUCUCAUGUGGGGAAACAGUGA